AUGCCUCUCACGCUUUCCGGGGAAACAGAUGUCCUUUCGAGUGAGAAACUUAACUCUUUAAUAGAAACUGAAACCCAGGGGGGGCGAUCGCUCGGGAGAAGGCGCGGCAAGAGCCACAUCGUGACGACAGGCAGACAUCGUAGUCGACCGGAACUCCUUAUUCCAGAUAAUGUAGUGGCUACUUCAACUACUACUACUUUGGCAGUUUCAUCCGAUCCAAAAGAGCUUGAAGAUGCAGUGAGAUACAAUUUUUUAUCACCAGUGGCUCGCAGACAACCAGUUACUUCGCAAGCCGUUCGUGAACAGCAGCAACUACUACAAGCGAUUGUUGGACACCCUGGGCAAGAAGUGAAGCCUUUGCAAAACAUACAAGCUUGUGGCAUUGGAGCUCAGUAA